AUGGAGGAAUUGAUGAUGGUUCUGAAUAUGAUAUUGGUGGUGCUCCUGUCCAUCUCCCUGCAGGCCUUUUCACAAGAACGCUAUAGUGACUUGAGGAUUGACUGUGGAGCAUCCAACCAAACACCGACGAGGAAUCCUGAUGGUCCCAUUUCAUGGCUCACCGAUGAAAAAUUUGUGUACACCGGAGAAAACCAACUACUCAGAUACAGCCAAAAUUUUAGCACAAUGAACUCUCUGCGAUAUUUCCCUGACGGCCAGAAGAACUGCUACUUCUUACCCUUGUAUUUACGGCAGUCGCCAUCGCCAUCGCCAUUGGACACCAAGUUUCUGUUUCGAGCAGGGUUUUAUUAUGGCAACUAUGAUGGCCUUUCCAAGCCUCCAAGUUUCAAUUUGGAGAUAGAUGGAAAUUUUUGGGCAACAGUGACAGCUAAUUCUACGAGUAAUAAUGAGCCUGUUUACCAUGAAAUGAUUUACAUGAUCAAGAGAGAUAGUGCACAAGUGUGUUUGGACAAUAUUGGCGAUGGGAUUCCAUUCAUUUCUUCCCUUGAAGCUACAGCAAUUGAUAUGAGGAAUACCUACAGGUUGAUGGAGAACAAGACAGCUUUGCUUCUUCAUAGCAGGACCAAUUACGGUGCAAACAAUACUAUUGAGUGA